GACUUAAAAAUGAAUGAAUGACCUGUAAGACAAGGAUGGAAAAGCACAAACUGUCAAAAAGAUAGUGAAAGGAGAAACGUUUUCGUUUAGAAUUUUAUGACUUGCUUUGUCUGCUGUAAACUGGACAUCUGGACUAUUAAUGCGGUUUUUAAUUUACUUUGAAGCUAUUUUCUUGUUGUUAGCUUUUAUAGCAUAUUAGACAUUUUCGUUGUGAAUUAAUUACGAAGUUUGAUUAAAACUUUUGAGCUCAGCUGAGUUUUCUGAAUUACUGACAGGGCGUCUGAAAAGAUAUGGCUUAAAGAAGGCCGUAACUACAAGGAUCCCGAAAGUGUUCAGGGUUUGAUGGAAAUAGCUCUGCUGUCACUGAAAUCAUUGAACUAUCCUAAAUUUAUUCUGUCUAGUCGUACAGAUGGUGGUGUCCAUGCUCUUAACGCGACUGCACAUUUUGACUUAGAUAGGUAUGGAAGCAAGAUAUAUGAGCCUGAAGGAUUAGCAUACCAUCUAAACAAGUACUUUUUCAAACAUAACAACAGUAUCUAUGUUAAAAAGGUUAUAAGGGUUCCAGAUAAUUUUAAUGCAAGAUUCAAUGCUAUAUCCAGGACAUAUUUAUAUAGGUUGGCAGUGAAGAAACAGGAUGUUGUCUUACCAGAGAAUCAUUCAAUAGCUUCUUAUGUACCUAUAGAAGAGUGGAAGAGGUGUCAUUUUACAAGAUUACCAGGAUUUGACUUAGAGAAAUUUAAAGAAGGCGCAAAAUACUUAGUUGGUUACCAUGACUGGACGACAUUUAAGAAAUUUGAUAAAUUGAAGCAAUACAAGCAUAGCCGAAGGGAGGUCAAGUCUAUAGAGAUUAGACCUGGCAGGCCAGUUGUGACAUCUUAUUCAGAAGGCAAAGAGAACAUAUUUGAUUAUUAUGAUAUUGAGAUAAAAGGAAGAGCUUUUGUACAUAAUCAGAUUCGACGUAUGGUAGGAACUCUGAACAGCGUAGCGAUAGGCAAGCUUCGCCCUGAAGAUAUAAAGGUGAUGCUCCAGGUGCCGUCAAAGCACUCGUGGCCGAACUUCAUACAGACGGGGCCGCCGGACGGACUGUACCUCUGUGACGUGCAAUACAACCCCGAGGACCUCGUGUAUGAACCUGAGAAGAUACUGGAGACGAAAGAAGAGAGAGAAGACAGUGAUAGUGAAACAGACUAAAUGAAUCGAGACUUAUCGUGAAAGUGAUAAUAAUCUUUUCACAGUACUGAGUAGUGGUAACUAGUUAUUUGAGUGCAAAUAAACAUAAUUUGUUCAAGAAACAAAACAAAGCAAAGAAAUAAAUAAUGUUACAAUAAAAAAAAGCUGUAGUAAG